UGUUUGUCUAUACCUAUCAGUGUGCUUUAGUCUCCGAUAAAAAAGCGCGUUUUGUUCUUUCUCUUUAAGCAAUGCAUAGAUAUCAUGCACCCCAAGAUACAAGCAAGUCAAAACGAAUAAACAAACACCCUAUUCAACAAAUUAUCUCAGCCUUGCCUCAGCUUGCUGUUUCUUUUGCUGUCUUGUUUUUUGCUUCGGCUUCUUCUGAUUCCAGCCUGAGUGAGCACUGUGGUAUUUUGUUCUACAUUGCUUCUUUAGCAGCUAUCGCUAUUUGUGGGGUUUUUAUUACACUUCAGAUCAAAGGAGCUGAAUACAAAAAUUGGCAGCAAAAUCCAACAACACGAAAAUACAUUCAGAUAGCCAGUCUGAGCACAGUCAUAUCUUUCUUUGGUUUCAAUUUAUCACUUUGGUCUCUUUAUGGUCUAUUGACACCUGUUGUUGUUAUUUCAGGCUUUGUAUUUACCUUGUCUAUGUUAAUGAUUUUCACUGCUUUUCUGUAGAAAAAAAAUAAACGUUUUCUUUAGCUAUUGUGUUCCUGUUUUUAAGGUUUCACGAAAAUAAAAUUGACAAAAAAAG